AACCGGUGCUGCGUCCUGCACGACUGACUCGUCCUGCGUCCCCGUCAUCCCCCUCCACCGGAACACCCCCCACGCAACCUCAACAACGACAAUCGACAGCAUCUCCGCAAGAUGGGUAAAGUCCACGGAUCCCUAGCUCGUGCCGGUAAGGUCAGAUCGCAAUGCCCUAAAGUUGCCAAGCAAGAAAGGACAAAGAAGAAACUUCAAGGUCGGGCGAAGAAACGUUGCCUGUACAACAACCGAUUCGCCAUCACCACUCCCCAAGGUGGACGACGUAAAAUGAACCCCGCCCCCGCCGGAAAGAUGGGUUAAAUGAAAUCCAAUCAAAUCUACUCGAAAAAUUGACCCCCAAAUUAUGUGUUAUAUGCCUAUGCGUGACUCGGUCAUUUUUCCUGCGUUUGGAUGAAAUUUAAUUGAUCUACUCGGCACUUGACUUCAUCUUUGCUUGGAGUGCUCAUGCUCCACAUCCUCUUCGUCUGGUACCUCAACCCGGGAUCUGAAUCAGCUUGGCAGUUGAUCAUCACACGCUUUUGAAAUAUUAGGAUGUACUGCCGAUCCACAAAAUUUGAUGAUAAAUAUUGCUAAACUCAAUGAGUAGUGUACAUUGGUCUUA